UGUGGCUUCCAUUGGAUUUCAAUCCCAACUCUUUUCCUUUUCCCACUAACCCUCUAAAUAUAUAUAUAACUACGUUUAAACUCCCCAUUUUCUCUAUCAUUAGAUUUGGUAUUCCUUCCCAAGAACAGGGCAUGGCUUCCCUAUCUUUUUUCUCCUUUCUCAUUCUUUUCCUUUCAGCCAUUGCUGUUUCAGAUGCUGGUUCGGUUGGGAUUAACUAUGGUCGAGUGGCCGACAACUUGCCACCACCGGACAAAGUCGUGCAACUGUUGAAAUCACAGGGCGUGGCGAAAGUGAAGAUAUUCGAUAGCGACUCUGCGGUCCUAACAGCUUUGGCAAACUCGGGGAUCAGCGUGGUUGUCUGUCUUCCGAACGAACAGCUCGCCUCGGCGGCCAAUGAUCAGUCAUUUUCCGACGGUUGGGUUCAAGCCAACAUAGCUAAGUACUACCCUGCAACGAAGAUCGAAGCGAUAGCUAUCGGAAACGAAGUUAUCGCGGAGAAUAUAACUGACACGACAAAAUUCGUUGUACCCGCCAUGAAAACCAUCCAGGCUUCACUGGUUAAAUUAAAGUUGGAUUCCAACAUCAAAGUCUCAACCCCUGUUGCUAUCAGUUGCUUGGGAAACUCGUACCCUGCAUCGGCCGGUUCGUUCAAACCGGACCAGGUACAAUCUACGAUUAUACCCAUGUUGGAUUUCUUGAGAAAAACCGGGUCCUACCUCAUGGUCAAUGUUUAUCCUUUCUUCGCAUACAAAGAUAACAGUAAAACUAUCUCACUCGACUACUCUUUGUUCAAAGACAAUCCCGGGGUGGUUGAUUCUGGUAACGGGUUGAGAUACAAAAGCCUUUUCGAAGCUCAAGUCGACGCCGUUUAUGCCGCCAUGUCAGCUCUUACAUAUGAUGACUUAAAGUUGGUGGUGACGGAGACAGGGUGGCCUUCCGCCGGGGAUGCGGGUGAAGUUGGUGCAAGCCAAGACAACGCGGCGGCGUAUAAUGGUAACUUAGUACGAAGAGUUUUGACCGGAAAUGGAACCCCUUUGAGGCCCAACGAUCCACUCAAUGUAUACAUAUUUGCUUUAUUUAACGAGAACCAAAAACCAGGUCCGACAUCAGAGAGAAACUAUGGGUUAUUUUACCCUAAUGAGCAAAGGGUAUAUAACAUACCGUUAUCACAAAAGGGGCUGAAUGGUAACCAGUCACCACCGGCGAGCAACGUGAAUCAGACGGCGCCUGUGAACAACGGGGGAGGAGUGUCAAAGGCGACGUCAGGGCAGACAUGGUGCAUGGCCAGCCCCAACGCUGAGGCGGAGGAGCUGCAGGAGGGGUUGGAUUAUGCUUGUGGUGAGGGAGGGGCUGAUUGUGGGCCAAUUCAACCAAAUGGUGCUUGUUAUAAUCCAAAUUCACUCGUCGCACAUGCCUCGUAUGCUUACAAUAGUUACUAUCAAAAGAAGGCACGUGUGAGUGGGUCAUGCUUUUUCAGCGGUACCGCUUACGUCUCCACCCAACGUCCCUCAUUUGGGAACUGUCAAUUUCCCACAGGAUAUUAAUGUGAGCGACCAAUUUGGUGAAUUUCAGCAAUAGCUUUCUUUGGCCAACACUUGUAGUUUAUAAUAGACAAGGAUGAGAGUUGCAAUCAUACCUUAUGAUUUCUCAUAAUCAAAAUCCUAGAUUUCUACAAA